CUUCAAUUCAAAACAAUCAAACAAGCAGUGCGGACGCACCGCAAAGCGGUCGCAGCCGAAAGUGAUAACAUUGAGACAGUGAGACAUACGGUACGCAAACAAAAAAGAAACAUUUUUGCACUAACUCCGAAGACACCGCGUGUGACGUACGGGUUAUCAGUUUUUUUUGCUUUCUGGUGGUGAUGUAAAGUUGCUGUAAAAGUGACACACUUUGUUGUGCUUUGUUCCGUGUUGUACAUUUUUGCGACAGCCACCGAGCAGGCUAAAUUGUGAUUCCUAUUGUUUUUGUUGUCGUUGUGCAUUGAACAGAGAAAAAACUGAAUAAAGUGUGUUCAAAUUUGAAUCAAAAACAAUUUUAACAGAACACAACCACAAGGAACCAGCAAAAGGUGUAGAGAGAGAAAAAAAGGCGAAAGUCCUGGCCUAAAAGUGCUGUGUACAAACUUGUUUGUGUGUGCAUAUCGGUGUAUGUGUGUGUGUAUUGCACAGCUGAUAUACAAACGAUUAUUAUGUAAGAAGCGAACUCUCUAAAGCAAGGCCAAAGUAAUUGCUCUUCAAUUGAUUGCACUUCUAUUGUGUUUCGCAGUCCGCAUAAAGUACAAUAUCGUUUUCGAGUUAAAACUGUUGACAGCUUCCACGAAAGAGUCUCUCGGUCGCACUGAAAAUUGAGCUACAUCGCGGGUAAACAGGUUAGCUGGUGGACAGGAGAGGAGCGAAGGAGACAGGAGAGGUGCGAAGGAAAGGGCGCACGCAACAGGGUGGUUUGUUGACACGAAAAGGAGAGAAAUCGCUGUCCGUCGUCGAUCGAUACACGCGCGCCCGCGAGAGAGAGAGAGAGAGAGAGAGAGCGAGAGCGUGCGCGCACGAGAACGCGUACCAGCGUGCGCUGCUUUCAGCCAGCCACCCGUCGCUUCGUUCCGUCGUAGUGUGCGAGGCGUGCGUGUGCGCUUGUAUCUGCAUGCGUGCAAGGGUGUGUGUGUGUGUCAGUAGGUAGCGGAAUAGAAAAAGCAACACAGCCGCCGCCAUAUUGGUGCCGUCGUGUGUGGGGAGCAGAAUCAAAACAAAGGAAAAUCAUCUGAUCGGAGCGAGCGAACGCAAAACGCGCAAACACAGAGCGACACGGGCACAACACACAUCGAAAGGCGAGAUCGUUGUUCACGUCAUCGGGCAGAAGUCGAACAUUGUUGUUAGUAGUCGGCAGUGGCUGUGUUUCUGUGUUCUGUGGUGCGAAAAGAACAUCAAAUUCGGUUGGCGAAUUCUUCCCGAACCUUUACGCGGAUCCGGCAUUUUGUGUGCGGCACAGAAAGUGGGUGACGGCAACCUCGCACCCUUGCUCCCCUCGCGGGGUGGGUUAGGAAAUAAAAAAAAAAUGAUAUAAUUCAGCCUGAGUGAGUCGUUCACAUUUUGCAGUUCAUAUACAGUCCGUCGUAGCGGCUGUGUCAGUGUUUCUUCAAGAAACGGGCAAAUUCAACCGAGAAGCGUCCGACAGACAAACCACGGGACAAGAUAGAAAGCAUCCCUUUACGACACAAGGAUUAGCCUUCGGGCAGCAUCCAGCAAACCGAGCGUGGUUGGUUUGUCGCGUACAGGAGUCUGGAUGAUGAGUAGCUUCGGCGGCUUGCAGAGCGGAGGCGGCCUAAACUUCACCACCGGUAUCGGUAGCGUUGACGGAAGCGUUUCGAUCGUCAAGCAGGAACCCACGGUAUACACGGCUUCGUCCGCGGACGGCGGAACGAACGCAGGCAACAACAGUAGUUGCAACACGAUCAACAACAACAACAACAACAGCCACAAUCAGCAACACCAUUUCCAGCAGAACACCUUCAUGAUGGACGCACUGAGCAGCAAUCCGAUGCUGACGACGGCAUCGAUGCCGAUACCGUCCCGGAGCGCCAACCAUCAGCGCGUGAUGCAGUCGGAUCUGGACUUUGGCAACGAGAUGGACCACCAGUUCCGCAGCUCUGGCCAGCUGCUGCACGAUGUCGGCGUGAUGGCGGCCGGCAACGGCGGCAGCUUCCAGACGGGCAGCCUGCCCACACAGAUGGACGGCAUGUUUCACAGCGGUUGGGACAACCUGAUCCUGACGGCGGACGGCAUCGAUCUCGGGCCGAUGAAUGCAGCCGGCCUGCAGAUGAUGGACACGUGGAACAAUUUAAUCUCCCCGUCCUCGACGGUGUCGUCGGCGACGCAGCUGGACGAGUCGGGCAUACAGCAGGUGAUGGUCGGCGACGGUACCGCGAUCGUGCUGGGCGGUGGUGGCGUCGGUGGCCUCGGCGCCGGACAGCAGCUGAUGGAAGAGUUUGAGGUUUACCCGCUGGAAGAUUUCAACGACGGGCUGCUGUGCAAUGAUUUGAACACGAUCGACGGGCUGUUUCACGACGAUAUAACGCUGCUCAGCCAGCCGCUGAGCCAGCAGUCGCCGAACCUGAGCGGCGACAGUGCCAUCAUCCUGUCGCCCAGCUUGCCCCAGCAGAUUCUGGGCCGUUCGUCGAACCUUUCGUCCGGCGGGCUGACCAUCUUGGCGAGCGGCGAGAACACGGUUGGUAGCGUGGGCAGUAACAGCGUUUCGUCAGGCUUCGGACCGGCCACGGCAGCCGGUGGCAUGCAGCUGCUCACGAACGACCCGAUGGUGGCGGCCAACUACAUCAGCAACACCAACAGCAACAGCAGCUUGCUGUACGAUGAGCAGACGCGCAUCUCCUCGUCGCCGUUCGAGCUGUACACGAAGCAGGAACCGGGCAGUGCGGUCCAGUCCCCGCUCGCCUUCUCGCCCAGCAGCCACGGUUCCAGCCCGUCCAUUUCCGAGGGUGGCCACCUGAUGGUACCGCAGGCCGGCAGCUCAGCGGCGAAGAAUUUGCUGCAGCAGCAGCUGCAGAGCUCGUUCAACAACAACAACACGAUGUACAACGGUGCCUCGAGUACGAUCAGCGCCGGCAAGCUGAUCAAGAGCGGCGGUGCGACGUCCCCGGGCAAUAAUAACAGCGACACGGCGAAGAACCAGAACCUGGGCGGUAGCAGCCCGGGCCUCGAUGCUGGUGCACACCAGCAGCAGCCGCAGCAGCAGAUGCCACUGCGCGCUUCGCGGCGUGGCUUCAACUUUAGCAGGAACAGCGGCAACGUGGGCCAGGUGCAGCAUAACCCGAAGUAUUCCACCCUGCAGCAGCUGCUGAUGAGCAACACGUCCGAUCGGCUGGGCAGCGGCGGCAAUCUGGUGCUGGGACAGUCGGUUCCCGCCGGUAGCGGUUCCGCCGGGUUGCUGUCCAGUGCCGCGCUCAGCCCCGGCGGCAGCGGCGGCAGUUACUCCGGCCGGCGUCUGUUGCAGGCCCAGCUGGCGGCGGGAACGACGAGUGCGGCCGUUUCGGUCGGCUCGAAUGCCGGCACGUCCGGUACGGCAAUGUCGCGCUUGUCCUCGUCCGCACCGACACACAUUUCCGGCUUUGAGCAGAUUUGGCAACGGCGUGAACCGCGCCCACAUCUCCUGUCGACCGGUAGUUUGGCCGAGGCCGGCUCAACCUCUUCGCUGAGCACCGGAAGCAUCCUUAGCCCGGAGGCGCCCGAUUUUUCACACGACGAAGGCUACUCAGACGAUAGCGAUCACUAUGAGGAUUACUCCAGCGGCGAAGAUUCGGAUAGCGAGGAUACGGGCAAGGUGUCGUCCAGUGCCGGCAGCAAGGCAAAGCGCUACUUCUGGCAGUACAAUGUGCAGGCGAAGGGACCGAAGGGACAGCGUUUGGUCAUAAAAACGCAGGUGGAGGAUCCGCACGUGCUGAACGCGGUCACCGAUCCCGUAUUCAGCCCGAACUGCUCCGUUCGAGGCAUUAAGAAUCUUCGUUUACAGCACAGCGGCAAGGCGCGGAAGGGUGACGGCAACGAUCUGACGCCGAAUCCUCGCAAGCUGCACAACAUCGGCAAGGAGCUGGACAAGCUCGGCCGCGUCAUCAACGACAUGAAGCCCGUUAGCGAGCUGCCGUUCAAUGCGCGCCCGAAGACGCGCAAGGAAAAGAACAAGCUGGCGUCGCGGGCCUGCCGGCUGAAGAAGAAGGCACAGCACGAAGCGAACAAGAUCAAGCUGUACGGGCUGGAGACGGAACACAAGCGUCUCAUGAACGGAAUAUUGCAUCUGAAACAGAUCCUGGUGACGAAGUGCAGCAAUGCGGGAACGGCCAGUGAGAACCCAGAAGAGUACAAACAGCAACUAGACACGUUGGUGCAAACGUCAUCCAAAAUAAAAAUUGCUGGCAAUUCUACUGAGUUUGUGAAUAAAAUGCUCGAGAAUGUGCGGACGGGUAACAACACCAGCAUAGAUACGGUGCUGGAGCACUUCUAGAUCGGUCCGGAAGCUUCCUGUUGUGUUGUGCGCUUGUUAUGAACGAUACAGCAACGUGUGUGUGCGUGCCGAGAGGAGGAGGAGGAGUCGCGAAGUCGAAUGGUGAUGGUUUUGCGCGUCAUUUUCUCUCCACUCUGGAGGGAAAGUCGAACCAGCACCAAAUCACCAAUGACGAAUCAAUGAGACUGUAAGAUAAAAAAAAAGAAAGCAACCAAUUACCUUCGUUUUGUUUAAAACUACAUAAUAUUUUCUAAUGAGCGUGCAUUGUAUGAAUAAUGCAUAAAACGGCACAUGAUGCACAUAGUGCGGCGGGGAAUAAGUGAUAUUUGCCAUUGCGCUGUUGGCAGACGCCGGCAGCAGUGGUGCAAAAGCAAUCACUCCGGAUGGCGCAGUGAAUAAGAAAUUACUACCACCUAAGAGAAGAUCGUUGCAGAAGAAGGAGAAGCAUUUGUACGGGGAGUGCACUUUCCAUGCAAAGUGCAAUCCAGAACACGUGACAGAGCGAGAUAGAAGAGCAAGAGGGAGAGAGAGAUAAAGCGAGGGAGGAAUGCUGAAACAUAUGUUGGUCAUUAUAUGAUAUUUGAACAAGCAUUAGCGAGUAAGAACACAUUUCUUUACAUGCAUAUACAUAUACGUAGAUACACUGUAAGGUACCGGAUAAGGAUUAUUCAAACCUGUUUUUGUUUGUCAGUACAACUUGUUACAUUAUAUAUAUACGGAUAUAUUUUUUAUACGAAGUUGAUCACUAAAAGAAAACAAGCACCAAGUACUAAUUUGGAUUUAUUGCCUCCACAUUUCUUCUUCUGUUUGUUGCAAACUCAUCGAGCAAGCGCCUUGUAGUGCGUUCUCUCGAUUGGAAAGUGGUCGUGAUCCUUUCCAGUUAAACACUUUACCUCUACAACGAAAUCAAAACCAAAACCACACUGGUUUCUUUUGUAUAAAACCCCAAUCUCUGAUCAAAUCAACUUCACAGAAAUCACCUCUAUUAUGUGUACAGCAGAUUACAAAUAUUGGUAACCGGUAUGACCAACUAUCCCUAAACCAAAACCACACGGACUGAGAUGAGUGCCGCGUCAAACGCGACCAUAUACUUAUCAUACUUUGUGCCACACAAACUACACGCGCGCGUACAUAUACAUGCAGUUACACAUCCAUCCAGCGUGACCAAUAGGGUUAACAGGAACAAAAAAACAAACACAAACGAAUGAAAUGAAGCUCAGGAACAAAGUGCGUGUGUAUUGGGGUUGGAUUGAACAAUUGCAGUUUUUUUUAUUUCUUACAAACGUGUUUACUUUUGAACCAUUUUUGUUAUUUUUUUUCAAAUUCAAUGUGAAAACGAGUUGUGUCGGAGCAAUGGAAACUGUAUGUUUGAGAUACAGGAUAAUUUACACAUAAGGAUCAUUUUAACAUUCAAACUUUUUCUCUUUAAAAAUGAAGGAUGGGAAUUAUUUUGUGUGCCGUAGGUGUGGAUAUUGAACGAGACGAAUGAAAUGCUUGAAGAAAGCAAACAAAAAAAAAACAAAAAAAGAAAUCAAGAGAUUGCAUAUGCGUACACUGACCGACGUGAAUGUGAAUGAAAAUUACCUUUAACGUAUAAAAACGAUAACCAUUGAUAAUUGAUAACGUAUGUACCUAAUUACCCUGGCGUAAAAAAACAAAACACACAAACAGACAUUAUAUAGAUAUGUAUACACAUAUAAUCUUUUUUACAUUUUCUCAACUAUUGUGUGCGAUUAAUCCUUGUAGGAUGGGUUUACGAGAAAGAUAAGGAACAGAAUGGAAAUAGAUAGAGUGAUAGGAUAGAUACUGCGGGUGUCAGCGGUUUGUCUUUUUGUUUUGCGGAAGAACACGAUGGAAGAAUACAGCCGCCCCUGGCCUCUGGAGUAGUAGUAGUAGUUCUGUAAGUGCUAUAGUAUGUAACGAAUACUUUUUUGUCUGUACCCCUGUUUUUUACUAGAUAUUUGACAUACUACUCAGCUCACCGGUGUCGCAUGUGUUACAGGAAUCUUGUCGCAUUAGUUGUGUGAAGUGCGUUCCGAGAUGUUCGAAAUCGAUCGUUACUUUCCCGCCCCAAUUCCUCCUUUUUCAUAAUCGUAGUUGUUUAAGCAAGACAGCGACAGUACAGGCAGCGAUGGGAGAUGAGGCAGUGUCAAGGAUAGCUUUUAUGCGUUGCAUUACACAACCGGUACGAAAAUUCAGUGAUCAUUUCCGUUUUCCAAGUGUUUUUAUUUCCCUUCUUCCUGGUUGUGUAGUGAGCGGAUAGUUUAGCGAGGCUUUGUUCAGGAAAAUGGGAGAUCGAGCGUGAUCGAGCGAGAGAGGGAAAGAGCUUAGAAGUGUACCUUAAGCAGCAGCAUCAGACUAAUACUGUUGAUUGUUCUGGUUAUUUUAGGCACUAGUACCCGGGAAAAGAAGAACGGUUUGCCCCCGUGCAGUCCCCCCCGGGGCUAGGGAUAUCGAAAAGUGUGACCAAAGUGCUUGUUUGGAAAAGAAAACGGCCUGGCGCUAGGAAUGAUUUUCGAAAUGAGGAUGGUUUAAUGCUACAACGCUUUAAUAUCGGUUCAAAGGCGAACAGUCAGUCUCGCAGAUGGUUCUGCAAAUAAGCGACACUAUUCUGGUACUUGGUUGGGCACAACGCAUACACCAACAAACACUUUAAAAUAUAUCAUUUUAAUCGCUUUCGGCUGCAGAACGAUACAGCUUUAACCCCCACACGCACCCAUUGAUUGCAGCAGUUGUAAACGAAGAAUUGUGAUAAUAUUUUCUGUUUUGCUGCAAAUUGUCUGUUGUAUACAGAAACUUGCAAGCUGCCAUACUGCAUUUAUUUGAAUUCCAGCGUCGAAGCGUGCGUUUUUUGUAUGUCCUGUGUGUAUGUGUAACAAAAACACGCAGAACACGUAAUGAAUACAGUGGUAAAGACAACGUUUAUGUUUUUAAAUUGAUUUUUGUUCGUUUUUCCUUCUGUAUCAUUUUUUUUUUUUGGAAAAUAAAGGGCACCCCGAUGCACUUCCGUGGUUGAUUUUUGUGUGCAGCAUGCAACCCCGAGAAAUCUGUUCUGCAGCAGCAACGUACAACAAACCUACAAACAAUCUGUGAUUUUCGUUAAUGUUAUAGUGAGCGUUUUUGUAGUGUCAGCUUCUAUUUUUACUACGAUAGGAAGGUUUUGCUCUGUUUUUGGGCUAGGAACAGCGUGCAGUUAUGUCUUUUUAUUUGUCCGUAUUUCCAAUUUAGUUGUUUUGCGUUCCGUUUGUUUCUGGUUUGCUGCAGAUUACAUUAAGCAAUAAUAAUUAUUUGCGAUGCAUCUUACCGUUUCCAAACUCUCUUUCUCUGAGUUAUUGUGUUGGGAUCAGACAAGCGGACUGACACGAAAAGGUUGAAUAAGGCACGCGAAUAGUAGAACUAGCGCAGUCAGCGUAUGCUCAGGUUUGUUGACUAAUGGCAUAGUAUGGCACUUGCUUCCGAUGUUUCUUUUCCAACGUAGCAUUAAGCAUGAUGGAGCUGGAUUGAAUUCGUCUUAUUACUUACCUCUGUUUGUUGAAUUUAUUGAUAUUGGCUAUAUUUUACCCUACACAGCUCUGUUGCAAGAUUUACUUUACAAUACCAGAGUAGAAUGUAAGUUUUUUUUAUAUCUUGACGAAUUGAUUGGAAAGUUAGGAUUUUCAAAUAAUCGCGUGUGCUAUUGUUUAAAAUUCAAAACGGCAACGGCAUGGAAUUAUAGUUGCAUCGAAAUUGUAUAAACUAGAAUUUAACAAAUUGAUUUAUUCUUACAAGCGUGAAAACACUCAAUUUGAAGAUCGUGCCCAGUGUGUGGUAGAAGAUAUGUAAGGCAAUUUGGUUUUCAUCCACUAUCAAUCAUUUCCCGAGGUGUUUAUCAAUCAUAUGGCCUGCAAAAUGAUGCGUUAUUAUGUUGCUUUAAAUUGAGGCAGUCUCUAUCCACAUUAAAAAAAUAAUUCGAAAAUUAAAAAAAAAAUCGCAACAAUAUCCUAUAUACUAUUGAUCAUUACAAAAGUUUCUCUUUUUGAACAUGAAUAACUCUAUUAUCAACAUCCCUCGUGUUGUACUUGUUUUACUUAAACUUAAUCUUACUACGGUUAGCUUUUUUCGCAAAUUAAAAUGGAGGAUUAAAUUUAGUGGUAAAAAUCAAACAAAAGUCAAAUGUUCCUAUCCCACAUUAUGUCUAGGAAGCAGAAAAGGAAUUUGCAGCGAGACACUUAUCGAAAUCAAUGUUUGGCAAACCAAAUACAGGUUAACAUCAUAAACACAUCAUAAAAAAAAAACAAUAAUUCUACAAUUCUCCUCUCGCAAUCAAAUGAUGAACACAAUGAUAAUAACCAAGCUGAAACAGGCCUCUAACCUCUUGCCCCCCUCCUUCGCCCGUUUACACAGCCCAAGUUGAUCGAAACAAAUUGUACAAAUAUAAUACAACAACGCAUUACAGCGUCAAAGCGUGUGUCAACUAAGGGGACUACUUUAGUGAUCAUCAUCUACAAAAAUGUGUGAAGCAGUAAUUAGGAUGAAUGUUCUUUUUUCUACGUUUUUUUUCCUUCUUCUACCGGUACCUGGCUACAGUUCGUUGCAAAAAGCAGUGCAGCCCGCAGUGCUGGUCUGCAAUGCCAGUUUGCAGUUCCUUUCGUACAGAAUGCAUAGAAUGUACAAAUAUAUUUCUUUCAUCCUCACAAGCUUUGAAAUUGCUUCACCGGGUGGUGUGGUUUCCUGCUCUGGUACAAAUAUUAGGAUGGAAACAAUUGGAUAAAGGAAAAAAUCUGGUCGAUUUACACUACCUCAGCACGAUGAUGAAUGUAUCGUAGAAGAGAAGAGAAGAGAUUACACCCAACACUAACCGAAGCAAAUACGGAAAACAGAAAAGGGAAAACCACACAAGCAGAAGCUUGUAUACAAAGGAAAAUGUAUAUUUUCAUGAAUACAAAACUUUAUACACGCGCGCCCACACAUAUUGAACUCCGUUUAACGAAGCCUUUCAUCAUCCCGUCAACGGUUGUGUAAAGAGCGGUAGUCUGUUGUGCAGUUGCCGAAGGUAACGCUUUAGGAUGUAGGAUAACACGCAUGUGAUUAUUACAAUGAGAUUGCCAUAAACUGCAUGAAGCAACAAGAAACACUAAAAACCAUGUACGUACACUACGAAACAAAGAGUUGAAACAACUGCUCCCCUUUCGAAAGUGCUGUUUUGUUUGCGCUCUUCCUCCACUCUCUCUUUCUCUCUCUACAAGAAUCCAAAUCAUAAAACCCAUCUGUAAUAGAAAAGCGUUUUAAACGCUUAGCUGCUUGAAAAUUUACUUAGUGAGAGGCUGCUAAAUAAAAAAAAGAAGAAACAAAACACUGAAAUACAAAACGAAGAAAAAAUCGUGGAAAAUAACAAAGCCAAACUAAAAACGAAGGUAACGAUAACAAGUGAACUUCAUUCUGGUGGGAGCGUGUGAGAAGCAUGUAAUACAUUAGGGCCAUGUUUGCUAAGUACAAUGGAGUGUAUAUUUUUAUAAACAUUUUCAAUUGACAUAUGAAUAAACACACUCAGCAGCAACAUAUGAAAAGAAAAGGAACGAAAUGAAAUAAAAAUAAAAUGACUUGAAGCAGCUUGACGGUAGAUUACUGAUUCAGCUGAGGUGUAGGGUGUUUGAUUUAUCUAACUUGGUUAUGAUUUUUAAAAGCAAAUCUUAGGGCCACUUCGACACGCGUGUACGAAAGCAGGAAGAAACAGAUCCCUUUUUGGAUGCAAUAGGCUUGAUGCUAUGUUGCUCCGUUGGAAGAAUGGAGAGGCAUUUUAAAUGUUGGAAAAUGGGGUACCGUAACAGUUCAAAUCGCAAGCUUUUUGAAUGAGUUCUUGCGUUAUUGGUUUCCUAGACACGAACGAAGAUAGCGAACCACUUCGUAGCAGGUCUGCAAUGUAAUGAGACGAGCAAAGAUGCAAGGACGAGCAAAUAUGUGUAACAAGGGUCGAAAACUACCAAUUGUAAUAGCUGUGCUUACGUUGGAUUAAACACAAUAAAACUUUCAUCUGAGAUACUGUAAUGGAUAAUAAAGGAACUAAAAGUGUAUGUACAAAUGAAA